GCCUGAGCUUGUCACCCAACGACCCCCAACGAUGGCACCUAAAGGUGGACACAAAGCUGCCCUUCGCCCUCAUUCUCGCACGUCCUCGGUCACAAAAAUUGCCACAAAUCUUCAAUUCACACAAAAAGAACAAGUUUCCAGAAAUCCCGACAGACCCAAGCUAAAGAAUGGCCACGAUGGACAUUCGAGGCCAGCUAUUCCGUCUCGUGUUUCUUCCAAAGACCAGCUGGCUCCUUUGAACAAACGUCCACUCCUGCCACCCGCCACCAGAUCUAAACCUGCAUUUACGGUCACUGUGGGACCUGAAGAUGGCGAAGGAGAUGAAGAUGAAUGGGUUUCAAGUGAGAGCGGUAUCAACACUCCCAACCCAGUAGACGGUUCUGGUUCAGAGGACGAGCUGGACAACAUGGCUACUCCGGUGGAAGUACACCGGAAUCCCCUGCACAAUCGAGCCGUUGCAUCGACUGAACCGUCCGGGAAGGCUGAUUCAAAUAGUCGAAUGGGAGCACAAAUGCUAAUACCUCGUGUAGACCCCUUGCGCCCGAAUUCCGGUUUUGACACAGCGCAAGUGAAAGCCGGGACCACGUCAAAUACUCCUCCAAGUCUCGUGGUGCGACCUCGUGCAGAAGAGCUGCCAGUUUCGACUGCGCCGCUCAGCACAGUGGAACCAGAGCCCCUCAUCAAGAAAGCCCGGCCUGCCAGUAUGGUGCUGCAGGGAAGCCAGUUCGAAUCUUCUUCCCUCGACGCUAGGCCGACUGCGCCACGACUGACAACCAAACGUCAAGCGUCUACGCGUCCCCCGUCCACUCAUUCUAUAUCCAGCAAGCACGACCAUGCUGCACUUCGCCCACAUCCACUUAUUCGAGGUCAUUCGUUUGGUCAACCCGCUGCCCCUUCUCGUCCUGCGCCUCUGGCACCUCUUACAACCUCGGAUGCCGCAUCAACUGUUCCUUCUUCAUCUCCCACCUCCCUUCGUGCGAAACCCCCCGGUUCUCCAUCUACUAUAUCUGCCUCUCCUACCUCACCCUACCCUCAAUCUGCCAUAGUCGGACCUAAUUCUCAUCCACGAAGAACGUCAGUCUCAUCUGCUAGAUCAGUUGCAACCCUCCCGGUUCUCCCUUCCGCUCGUGAAUUUACGAGACCCAGUCGAGACCGAAAUCGAACUCUAUCCACAAUUUCUCAGUCUUCCUCUUCCGCGGCAAUAUCUUCCUUAGCUCACUUGCCGACCGUCACUCGUCCGCCGACUCCUCAGAUGAUAUCAUUCUUUCCGCCCGUCAACACACAUCAUACGGUGGAAGGCAUACACCCGUUACUUCCUCCUCCAUAUCUUAGUAAUCAUUUAACCGUUCUAGCAUAUCGCACUCCACUUAGGGAGUCGUAUGACAGGAUUCUAAAGGCGAAAGCGGCCAGAUGAACAGUAUAGUCGGGUGAUCUAUUUAUCUCGUAAAUAAGUACUUCCUGGACUUUUUUCUAUUUGUACACGCCAUAAUGGCUUUAGCUCCUGUACCAGUACUUUCGACUAUACACCACACUCAAAUUCCGUCAUAAUUAUCGGUUGAUCAUGAUGAUACUCGGAACACACGCGAGCUAUGUACAGUACUUGAAUUUUAUGCUGGGGGAUUAGAAAAUUUAACAUGACGCGUUAGUACGCCACCCUGCACCCAGC